AUGCAAAUGCCUUUCUGUUGGCACCGGAGCCCGGCGCAGGCGCCGGAGAACCACAUCGCCAUCAAUGGCACGGUGGUCGUCUCCUGCCACUUCGGCCUGUUGGUGCCGGGGAAGACCACCACGCUUCGCCUGUUCAGCAGCACGCAGAUCGACCACAACACGGGGAAGGGAAGGCUGAGCGCGGAGGCGCCCCUGCGGGGCGGCAAGAAGACCAAGCACGGCCCAGGGAAGACGAGCACGAUGACGUACCAAGUGACACUCUUCGUCGACACCGAGUUUGGCACGCCGGGGGCCAUCGUCGUCAAGAACGGCCUCAAGAACGACCAAUUCUUCCUCCGCUACGUGCAGCUGGAGCUGGCCGAGGACCGGAGCAUCCACUUCGAGUGCAACUCCUGGGUCUACCCCUACAAGAAGACCAACUCCGACCGCGUCUUCUUCAUCAACACGAGCUACCUGCCGGAAAAGACGCCGGAUGCACUGCGGCUGCUGCGGGAGGAGGAGCUCCGGAGCCUGCGAGGGAACGGCCGUGGGGAGCGCAAGGACUGGGAGCGCAUCUACGACUACAAUUACUACAACGAUCUCGGCAACCCCGACAAGGAGGACCACAUCCGGCCGGUGCUCGGCGGCACCGCCACAUACCCCUACCCGCGCCGCUGCCGCACCGGCCGCGCCCUCUUCAAGAAAGACGGCAUGACUGAGACGCGCAAGCACAUGAUCAACCUGGACUUCUACAUCCCGCCGGACGAGCGGUUCAACCCAACAAAGCUGGCGGAGGUGCUGACGCUGGCGGUGCAGGCCGUGACGCACUUCGUGAUCCCGGAGUCCAAGGCGCUGUUCCAGGGCAACAUCAACAACUUCAAGUCCUUUGAUCAGCUGAGGAGGGACUUGUACAGCAAGCCCCAGCAGCCGGUCGUCGAGGGCGUGGUGAUGGACAAGCUCAAGACCACGGUGCCGUCGCAGAAGACCUACAAGCAGGUGUCCAGGAUGGUGAAGGAGACGCCCGUGAGGUUCCCAAUCCCUCAAGUCAUCGAGCAUGAUCAAGAGGCGUGGAGGACCGACGAGGAAUUCGCCAGGGAGAUGCUUGCAGGGCUCAACCCGGUUGUGAUCAAGAGAUUAAAUGUAUUCCCGCCAGUUAGCAGUGGAGGGAAGAAGAGCUCGAUUACACCUGCUCGUAUCGAGGGUCAGCUUGAAGGACGAACUGUGGAAAAAGCAAUAGAACAGAAUAGGCUAUAUAUUCUGGACCACCAUGACUAUCUGAUGCCAUACCUGAGGCGCAUCAACACGCUGGGGGUGUGCAUCUAUGCGUCGCGCACUCUGCUCUUCUUGAAGGACGACGGCACCUUGAAGCCUGUUGUGAUAGAGCUGAGCCUGCCUAGUGACGGUGCGGGUGAUGAUGACAUAAGUAGGAUCUUCCUCCCUGCAAGCCAGGGGAUGGAUGGACAUCUGUGGCAGCUUGCUAAAGCCCAUGUUUCUGUCAAUGAUUCAGGCUACCAUCAACUCAUUAGCCACUGGUUGUUCACUCAUGCGACAGUGGAGCCGUUCAUCAUAGCCACAAAGAGGCAGCUGAGCGCUAUGCACCCUAUCAACAAGCUCCUGGAACCACAUUUCAAGGACAAUAUGCAGAUCAACACCUUGGCCAGGAGCAUCCUCCUGAGUGCUGGAGGAAUCCUUGAGAGGACAAUGUACCCAGGGAAGUACGCCAUGGAGAUGUCCUCGGCCAUCUACUCGGAGUGGAGGUUCACUGAGCAGUCCCUGCCAAACGAGCUCAUCAAGAGGGGGAUGGCGUCCAAGGAUCCCAGCGGCGGCGUCACCCUGCACAUUGAGGACUAUCCGUACGCGGUGGACGGACUGGACGUGUGGCGCGCCAUCGAAGGGUGGGUGCAGAGCUACUGCGCGCACUUCUACCACUCGGAUGCGGCGGUGGUUGGCGACAAGGAGCUGCAGGCGUGGUGGGACGACGUCCGCCUGGUGGGCCACGGCGACCGGCAGCACGAUCCGGCCUGCUGGCUAAAACUGGACACCGUGGCACACCUCGUCGAGACGCUGUCGACGCUCAUCUGGAUCGCGUCGGCGCUGCACGCCGCCGUUAACUUUGGCCAGUACGGCUACGCGGGGUUCAUGCCGAACCGCCCCACCCGGUGCCGGCGGUUCGUGCCACUGCCCGGAUCACCGGAGAUGCUGCAGCUGGAGGCCGACCCGGAAAAGUUUUUCCUGGAGAUGGUGCCCGACCGGUUCACCACCACGCUGGGGCUGGCGCUUAUCGAGGUACUGUCCAACCACACCUCCGACGAGCUGUACCUGGGCCAGCGCGCGACGUCGUCGUGGACGGACGACGGCGAGGUGCUGCAGCUGCUGGACAGGUUCCGGGAGGAGCUCCGGCGGGUGGAGAAGCAGGUGGCGGAGAGGAACAGGGACCCGCGGCUCAAGAACCGGAGGGGCCCGGCCAAGGUGCCGUACACGCUGCUGUUCCCGGACGUCGGCAACGUCGGCGGCAAGGAGAAAGGGAUCACCGGGAAAGGAAUACCCAACAGCGUCUCCAUAUGAUCCGAUCGGACUAUACAUAUAUAUCUACGUACAUGUAUCUAUAUAUGUGAUGUGACGAAGAUUUAUUUCUUUUGGUUGUUUGGCGUUUAUUUUGUUUGAGAGGAUGUGAUUACUACCAUUGUUGGUUUGGAUGUGAGCAUAUUCAUUGUGUAAAGUAUUGCAACGGAUUGGUUUGGAACUUCGAAUUUAGUUUGUUGAAUGGGUUUCAAAUUUAUCGUA